UGUAUCAUUGUGAUUUAUCAUCAUUUUUUAGCAUUCCCACCUCACAUUCUUCAAGUCAAGCCAAGACAAAAAAAAGAAAAGAGUAAGGGUUAAAUUAACAUGGAUUCUUAGCCAAGCCAAACAACCCACAUGGCCACGGUUAAAUUAUGAAGAGAAAAAGAAGUUACUGUCAAAAAAAAAUUAUCUGAUGAAAUCACUUGUUCUAGUAGCAAAUACAGCAAUAAAUAAAGGCACCAAACAAAGAUGAAACUCUUGGAACACCGUUACCCCAUUUCAUAGCUUUUCUCUCAACAUGCAAUGACUACUCAUCAUUCUCUCUCUCCUCAACCUUGCUUGUUAGGUUUCCUGUCUCUGCUAUCUCAGAGACUUCAGAACUAUUUCUUUUGCUUCUAAUUUCUUUUUCAAAUAAAUUAAAAAAAUCUACCAAACAAGAAACUACAUUUUUUUUACCUCAUUUGUUCUCUGUUUUCUCAGAUCUAUAAUCUCUGUUGCCCAGAUCUUUAUUUAUCACAAGUUACAAACUUUUCUCCUGUUGGUUGGUUGUUGUGUAUAAAAAAAUGAGUAAAGAAGAAUUUUUGAAGAUACAGAAAUCUGUUCUUAAAGUGAACAUACACUGUGAUGGAUGUAAACAGAAAGUAAAGAAAAUCUUGCAGAAAAUUGAUGGGGUGUUUACAACUGAGAUAGAUGCAGAACAAGGGAAGGUUACAGUUUCAGGAAAUGUGGACCCAAACAUUCUCAUCAAGAAGCUUGCAAAAUCAGGGAAACACGCAGAGCUAUGGAGUGUACCUAAACCAAACAACAAUAAUCAGAAUAAUAAUAACAACAACCUUGUUAAUCAGCUGAAGAACAUGCAAAUUGAGAAACCAAAAGGUGGUGGUGGUGGAGGUGGAGGAGGAGGAAACAACAACAAAGGACAGAAUCAAAAUCAGCAGAACCAGAAGGGUGGUGGUGGUGGUGGUGGUGGUGGAAACAAUAACCAACCCAAAGGUGGUGUUCCACAAGGACUAAAUCCACAGCAGCAACAGCAACUCCAACUUCAGCAACAGCUACAACAACUCCAACAGAUGAAAGGGUUUCAAGAUCUACCUCAAUUCAAGGGAAUGAAGAUGCCACCUAAUCAGAACCCAAACCAGCAAAUGCCUAAAGCUGUUAAAUUUGAUGUGCCUGAAGAUGAUGACGAUGAUUUUACUGACGAUGAAUUAGAUGAUGAUUAUGACGAAGAUGAUGAAGAUUUUGAUGACGAUGAUGAGUUUGAUGAUGAAAUGGCUGAUUUACCACCUAAUAAGAUGAAACCCUCUAUGCCUAUGGGGAAUGGUGCUCACAUGAUGUUGAAUGGGAAUCACCCACAGCUUAUGAAUGCCAUGAAGGGUGCUAAUUUCAAUGGCGGUGGUGGUGGAAACGGGAAGAAACCUGGUGGUGGUGGUGGUGGUGGACCUGUGCCGGUUCAAAUUCAGGGUAUGGGUGGUGGUAAUGGAAACGGAGGAAAGAAAGAAGGCGGCGGCGGUGGUAACAAAAAUAACGGUGGCAUGCCAGAGGCUAAAAACGGGGGCGGUGGUGGUGGAGGAAACAAGAAUGGUGGGAAUAACAAUCAGAACAACAAUGGGGGUAAAAAAGGUAUUUCAGUACCAAAUGGUGGCGGCGGUGGAGGUGGUAAUGUUCAAGCUAUGAACAGUGAAUUUCAAAAAAUGAUGGCUGCCGGUGGCGGUGGUGGUGGUCGUCCUCACCCUGCAAUGGGUGGUGGAGGCAAUAAUAUGGGACAGAUGAGUAUGCCAAUGAACCAAAUGGGUGGCAACAUGCCAGCUGUUCAAGGCUUACCGGCAGGAGGCGGUGGAUACUUUCAAGGUGGUGGUGGUGGUGGUGGUAUGGGUCCAGAAAUGAUGCCAGGAAAUCCUUACCAACAACAACAACAGCAACAUCAGCAGCAGCAGCAACAACAACAGUUAAUGGCUGCUGCAAUGAACCAACAACGGGCUGCGAUGGGGGGAGGAAAUGAUCAGAGAUUUCAGCAACCAAUGAUGUAUGCAAGGCCACCUCCAGCAGUGAAUUACAUGUAUCCUCCUCCUUACGCUUAUCCUCCUCCUCCAGAUCCUUACACACACUAUUUCAGUGAUGAAAAUACUUCCAGUUGCAAUAUCAUGUGAUGAUCUAAUUCAUCUCAACCAAGUGAAGGUUCAAACUAUAGUAUUUACCCUACUCUAAUUUUAUUAUGCAAUCAAUACCAAUGGAACAUGAGUUUUUUAUUUUCAUUUUUCUUUGCUUUGAUCCCCUUUUCAACUUAGGGGUUUCUAAUUACCUGUAGUUUAUAGAUAUCUUAUAAUAAUAUUACUAUUAUUAUUAUUA